AUGGCUGAUACAAUGAUGACUGAUAACCAUUCAACUGAUCAGAAUAACAAUAGCGACAAGAAAAACUUUACUGAUAAUAACAAUCAAAACGGACUGAGCGAACCCACUGCGAAAACGAAUGACAAAAAUCGAGAUCAAUCAAGUAGUGCUUCCAAUGGGAUUAAAAGACAUAAAAAUCGCUUUUGUUCGUCAUCUAUGAAUCAACUGGGUGGUGAAUUUAUCAAUGGUCGACCAUUACCCACUGAUACACGUGAACGUAUCGUGGAACUCGCUGAAAGCGGCGUACGUCCGUGUGAAAUAAGUCGUCAAUUACAAGUUUCACAUGGUUGUGUUAUCUUUGCAUCAGAUCGUCUAGAUACUUCGUUUUCUUCUUCGAGAAUAGUAUACCGCCUAUUCGGCACCACGCAUCCUGGUUUAAUUGGUGGAUCGAAACCGAAAGUUGCUACACCCGAUGUUGUUCGACGUAUACGUGAAUACAAAGGCAAUAAUCCUCAAAUUUUUGCUUGGCAAAUUCGUGAAAGUCUUCAGAAAGAAGGUAUAUGCCCAUCGGACAAAUUGCCGAGCGUUUCCUCCAUCAAUCGGAUUGUCCGCAGCAAUCGACGAAUUGUUUUCAACAAUGAUGGAACCAUUACCGAAUUCGAUUCCGAUUUUGAUUCUCGUGACGGUAGUGACGAUGAAAACGAAAAUUCAAUCAAAUCUGAGCCAAGCCAAGCAUCUUCAUCCACUGCAUCGCGUUCAACUAAUAUCCGACAUCGUGGCGAUUGUCGUUGUGAUGUUUGUAUAAAAAAAUAUAAAUUCGCACCAUCAUCAAAUAAUUCGACCAAAAAAUCCUCAAAUCCUGAUCAUGAAGAAACAAGUGAUUCGAACAGUAUGUCCAUGCCAGCCAUUUCGGAUGACGAUCCUCUAAAACAAUCACCUCCUCCACCACCGGCCACUCAUUGUCGUUUAACACCAACAUCAUCGACCGAUGAUACUAAACCACUCGAUCUUUCGCGAAAACAGAAUGAACAACCAUUGAAUUUGUGUUCAAAACGUAAACGAAAUCCUCCGAUUAGUCUAGCGAAACGAAAUAAAACCUCGACUUCUCCAUCACUUCCUCUUCCUUCUUCAACAACCAACUCUGCCGCAUCUAUGUUGAUCCCAUUUUAUGCAAUAUCACCAUUCUUCGAUCCGAAUCAACAAGAAAUGCUUCAACAAAUGCAAUCAUUUUAUCUACAGUUACAACAAAAACUAACAAAAAAUGAAUGA